AUGCUUCGGGUGCGAGCCGUGGUGAUGACCCGAGACGACUCUAGCGGCGGGUGGGUGCCCAUGGGCGGCGGGGGCCUGAGCCACGUCACGGUCACCAAGGCCCGGCGGCCCGAGGACGGCGCCAGGCGCCGGCAGUACCUCAUCUGCGGGGAGCGCCUGCGGGACCAGACCACCAUCCUGGAGUGCGCGGUGAAGCGGGACCUGGUGUACAACAAGGUGAACCCCAUCUUCCACCACUGGAAAGUCGGCGAGAGCAAGUUCGGCCUCACGUUCCAGAGCCCCGCGGACGCCGCGGCCUUCGAGAGGGGCGUGCAGGGCGCCCUGGAGGCGCUGGCCGCAGGCUCCCCGUCCUCUUCCUCCUCCUCCUCCUCCUCGGCAGGGGAUGCGGGUGACGCCGCGGUGCCGAGCCGGGCCUCGGCGCCGGAGCCGACCAGCGCGUCCCCGCCGGCAUCCCCGUGCCCGCCGCCGGCGUCCCCCCGCGCGUCCCCCCACGCGUCCCCCCGUGCCCACAUCGCCCGCCCCGCCGCCCGCCCGGAGAUGCUGCCCACCCUCGUCACCAUCGUCACCAGCGAGUCCUCGGCCAGCAGCUACGGCCGCACACCCGCCACCGAGGCCUUCGGGUUCGGCACGGCCCCGGGGGCCGGCACCCUGCCAGCCGUGCAGGCGCUGCCGCUGCAGGAGACCGAGGAGCCGGAGACGCUGACGCCCUGCAAGGAGCCGUGGGCCAGCCGGGGCUACGAGGACUAUCGGCGCGCCGGGGCGGCCGGCCGGGGCGGCGCGACGACGACGGCGACGUCGUCGGCCGCCUGCGUCCGCUUCGAGAAAGCCGCCAAGGCGCCCGGCGACGCCAAGAGCUCGCCGUCGUGCCGCAUCCACGGGGCGGCCGAGGCGGCCACGUCGCGCUGCGUCUACUGCCGGGACGUCUUCAGCCGGGAGGAGAACGGGCGCGGGCAGUGCCGGGACGCGCCGGACCCGGCGGGCCGCUGCGUGCGCCGUCUCAGCUGCCUCUGGUGCGCCGAGAGCCUCCUCUACCACUGCAUGUCGGACGCCGAGGGCGACUUCUCGGCGCCCUGCUCCUGCGACCGGGGGCACCCGCACUGCUGCGCCCGCUGGCUGGCGCUGGCCGCCCUGGCGCUCCUCGUGCCCUGCCUCUGCUGCUACCUGCCCCUGCGCGCCUGCCACUGGUGCGGCGGCCACUGCGGCUGCUGCGGCGGCAGGCACAAGGCCGUGCGGUGA